AUGUUUCGCCGCACCUAUGUUGCCCUGAAAAAAGGCUGGACACACAACCCCGGACAUACCCGUCGAGGGGGCAAAAAUUUAGCCUGGAGGCCCAAAAUACCGGAAGAAAAGCUCGAGCAAUUCGUCCCGCUCGACCUUGUGCAUCCCCGACGACGGCCGAAUACCUGGCAGGAGCGGCAAUUCCAUUUUCUGGGCUACACCAAAUGGCCCAAAGAAAUCGGCUUCUACAACGCGGGCGAUAAUUUUGAAUUGACCCCCGAGGCGUCCUGGCGUUUGUUUGGGUUGAUGCACGAGGCGUCUUGGUGGGGGCGACUCCACAACGAGCGCGUUAUUAUGCAUUUAUUACCCCUGGUGGAGAAGGACCCCAAGCGGUUCAUGCCGCGGGUCAACGACAUUUUUCGCCUUCAUUUAAAGCGCUUUGGGGCGGAUCAUGUGAUCUACAACGCCGUCAUGCAGGCCUCGGCCUUCGCCAAGGACCUCGCGCGGUGUGAGGGGCUCUUUCGUGAGAUGCGAGCCCUCGGCCUGGAGCCGAACGCGCAGAGUUAUGUGAAUUUGAUGUUAGCCGGGCGGCUUUGUGGGAAGACGCGGGAGGAGUGCGCGGAAUAUUUUCACGAGGGCCUUCGCCGGAAGGCCCUUUUUGCCGUCAUGCGGGUCGAUACAGAGUUUUCAAUGUGGAUGGACCAGCUCGACCGUCUUGGCUCGUUUACGGCCGAAAAGGGCUAUUUGAGCGUGAAUGAGGAGGGCGCCUCGCCCAUGCCGCGGGAUAUGUGGGCACUGUGGGGGUGGCAUCGCUCGGAGGGGAAAUUUAUCAGUCGGCAGGCGGUCAUUCAGCAGCACGUGCGAGCUCGGCUUCAGGGCGGCCGGCAGCUAAUCGGGACGGUGUAUUCCAGCCGACGUCGACAGCCCUGGGCGUUGUAUAAUGGGUUGCUACCGAUGGAUUUUAAGGGCCCGAUUUACCGCCCGCCCAUCACUUUUACACCUCCCCCUGGCCAUCGUCGCGAGGUCGCCGGAAAGAGUUAUUAG